AGUAAAAAAUGAAGGAGCAAACUACCCGCGCUAUGUGGUGGAGAUCGCCGUCUUUCAUCCUCGACAAUCGGCAGCAACAGCCAAACGACACCGCACGACGCGACGCCCUCUCCAUCCCGCUCUCCUCUCCGCUACCUCCCUCCACCACCAUGGCGGAUCCUAACCCUAACCCUAAUCCAAAUCCCAACCCCCUCACCGACAAAAUCUCUGCUUACUACCAGACUCGCGCCGCCCACCACGGCGUCGUCUCUAGCGACUGGCUCGCCCAGGCUCAGGCCGCCGUCGGCCACCUCCCCGAAGGCGACGACGAUGCCAGUAAUAACGACCAGGGAGCUCCUUCGGGCAAGCCGUUCAGCGUCAUCGACGAGUUCAACAAUUGGCGGAAACAGCCCGACUUGGCCGAGGCCGUCGCUGCUAUCAGGGCUCUUGCCGCCGUCAUUCGGAAUAGCCAGGCUACGACCAUGAUGGAGCUCGAGAUUGAGCUCAAGAAGGCCUCUGACUCCCUCAAGGUCAGUUCCUUCCAUUUUCUUGCGCGAUUCUCUCCAGUAUCUUUGUCAGAAUUAGCUUGGCCCUCUGCAUUUCUUGGGGCUAGGAUGAGGAAAUAUUUGAAGAACCAAAUUAGCAAUUUAGGAAGAAACUACUUUAUGCUCAGCAACGCUUAAUUAACAUCCUAGUUUUGCUUAGCAUACACUUCUUGAUAUGCAAAUGUUGAAUUUUGAUGGAAAAGCUGAUAAGGGGAUGGCUGGUUCUUGAACCCACGGAUUCCUUUCAAUGCUGCAGUCAUCUCAACGUGGAUGGUUUAAAUGACUAUGUGAUUGCCUUUGUUCCUCGAGUGAUUAUAUAAUCUGUUAGAUGUAGUGGUGAUUCUUAAUUUGGUUGUUGAUGGAGGUGAAAUAAUAGGUGAACCAAAUGUGUAUUGACCUUGAAAUCUUGUUUGAUAAUGUUUCAAGUUCUCUAAAUCCAUGAUUGUUCUUACUUGCACUGCAAAAUUCCUGAAGUUUUAGCUCCUCGUGCCUCUGAUUACAUGCUUCCUUUACCAUAUGAUUGGAAAUGGAUCAUAUCGACAUCAAGUUGUCACUAACCAAGUAUACUGCUAGUACUGAAAUAAACUAUUAUGCAUGAGUGGCUGCCUCUUUUAUCAUGAUCACUGACAAAAUAUUGGGUGUCCAGUCCUGGGACACGACAUCAAUAUCGUUAACUGCAGGAUGCGAUCUGUUCAUGCGAUAUGUAACCAGAACUUCAGCCUUGGAGUAUGAGGACUUCAAUUCGGCUAAAACCCGCUUGAUUGAACGUGCUGAGAAGUUUGGAGAGAUAUCGUAUAAGGCACGUAAGAUCAUUGCGAUGCUUAGCCAAGAUUUCAUCUUUGAUGGUUGUACAAUAUUGGUUCAUGGCUUCUCGAGAGUUGUGUUGGAAGUUCUGAAGACUGCAGCUCAAAGUAAAAAACUGUUUCGAGUUUUCUGCACAGAGGGAAGGCCGGACAGAACAGGAUUAAGGUUGUCUAAUGAGCUAGCCAAGCUUGAUGUCCCGGUGAAGCUCCUUAUAGACUCCGCUGUUGCCUACUCCAUGGACGAGGUGGACAUGGUGUUUGUUGGAGCCGAUGGAGUGGUGGAAAGUGGAGGUAUAAUCAACAUGAUGGGGACGUAUCAGAUUGCCCUCGUGGCACACAGCAUGAACAAACCUGUUUACGUGGCAGCUGAAAGCUACAAGUUUGCUCGUCUGUAUCCACUAGACCAGAAGGACAUGGGUCCUGCCUUACGCCCCAUAGAGUUUGGAGUGCCGAUUCCAUCGAAGGUAGAGGUUGAAACAUCUGCUCGGGAUUAUACACCACCUCAGUAUCUUACCCUGUUGUUCACUGAUCUCGGUGUACUAACGCCAUCUGUAGUCAGCGACGAACUGAUUCAGCUGUACUUGUAAUAAGUGGUUGAUGAUUUUAGUUUUGUUCUGUUUGUGAUGAAGACCGUUGAGAAGUGCUGCUUACUCUGGAUUCUUACUGAUAAAAGUGAUGAGUAGAUGGGGUAGCUGCAGUUGGAACUUGGAGGGAAGCAGUUGUUUCCCCUUCUAAAUUCGUUGACUGUGUAUGAGAAGGAAAUUUUGUGAUUCAUGAAUUGAAAUGGCUGAUUGUGAAUUGUGAUUGGAAGAAGCGUGGAAUGAGACGAAGAAGAGUCAUGAUAGUCUUACUUUUAUCGGGUCUUUCAAUGGGGUUUGUGGGUUGGUGAGAUUGGUUCAAGACGUAAUUGUUUGAGAAGAAAGCCAAAGCCUUUAUGAAUAAUACUUGCAGACACUUUUAAGAUGCAUUAUGCGUAUGGUAUUUGAGUCUCUCCUUCAUUAAUCUUACAUCAUGCGCCUCGCUUCAGAAACACAAACGACCACUGAGCUCGGUCAGUCCCAUCAACAUCGGCAACGUGCUUAGCUUCAACCCAUUCUCUGAAGAAACUUGCGGCAGAGCAGGAUUAAGGUUGUCCAAUGAACUGGACAAGCUCGAUGUCGCAGUCAACUGCUCGUAGUUGUAGACUCUGCUGCAGUGCUGUGAGUUACUCUAUGGGACGAGUUGGACACUUUUGGUAUUCUUCUGAUGGGAUAGCUGUAACAAGGAGUUUAUGCUUACUGAAUAUAUAUUGAUAUAUGUGAUCAGUAAAU